AUGCUGAAACGUCUCAGCUUACACCUCAAGGUUCAGGAAAAGGAGAUGGCCAAAGGAAAAGCAAAGAUCGACAGCAGUGGUAAAGGAGAUGCUAUAACAUCUAACUUUGAUGUGAUGAACAGAAACAAUAUAAGUGAUUCACACAGAGAGAGAGGAGUCACUUUUUACACAGCACGAAAGCGUGAAAACUGGCAGAACGGACCUGAGAGAGUUGAGAAGCAGAUUUGUAAUAACACAGCUGACCUUGUUGCUCAGGAAGAGAUUAUAUCUUCCUCCCCCUUAUCAUCCUCACUACCCAUCCCAGUAGGCAGUGUCCCAGAGCAGGACGAGGCAGAGACACAACUUCAGUCCAGUCACUGUGCGGGGGAUGACAGGGCGGAAACUGAAGUCCACUCUGCUGCCACCACCUCAGAUGGGACCGCCACUGCGUCUGAUUCAGACUGCUCAAAGGGAAAGAGUUGUGAGGCUGAAGAAGUCAUAGUGCCUGGUUCAGAGCAAAACGGGGACACAAAGUUAGAUCCACCACUUGCAGAAGAGGAACACGAGGGACGCACGGCUGAGACUGUGGCUGAAAAACCACUGGAAGAAAUAAAAGACGGGGAAGAUGGGUCAGCAGCAGGAGUAGACCAAAGUCCUGCCAUCACUUUUUACUCUAAUCCGACUCAAAAUGAGGAUACUGAGAGCGGGGAUGCGAUCGAGGCUGCCCUUCUGCAGGUGAAUAGUGUGAGCAGGACAAGUGAGAAGAAGGAAGAGUUGACCCGGGAUGCUGGGGACGGGGAUGGAGCAGAGGCAGCGUCAUCCACACACACCCAGUCAGGAGGAUUCAAUGGUGUGGAGCUCUGCGAGGCUGCAGCGACACCCAGUGGCUCAGAGGGGAAAGACAGAUGUGAGUGUGAUGAUGAGCGCGGUGCUGGUUCUACUGUGAACGCUGAGCCUCCUCAGACCAGGGACACCGCUGACCCGUUCGGAUUUGGGUGCUUGGAUUACGUGUCAGACUCGCAGCUGAACACCAUCGUUCUGAGUGAGGUGGAGAAAGAGGAAGAUCUUGGUUCUCCAGAUCAUGAAGAUGCUACAGACCUGAUCUGUGGACUCGUCAGAGAACUCUCCUCUCUAAAUCGUAAGGUCAUGGCCUCUCACCGAGAGCUGGAGAACCUGCGCCGUAGCAGUAAAAGUUCAAGGAGCUCCAUACGUUGAGGAUCAAGUCCCUGCCAUCCUGAUCUUCACUGUUGCCCCAAUGGUUUGUGGGUAAUUAAAAAACUUGUGUACAAAUGUUUAAAUAUUUCACUCUUGUGUCAUUGACGGCUGGAAUGUUUAAUGUCUUAAGUUUUUCUGGUUCUCCCCAAAUAAAGCUGGGUGUUUAUG